AUGGCAACAAAACUCGGCUCCUUGAUUACCAGAGAAUUGGAGGAUGUUUUCAUUCCUGUGUUGCGUAACUGUAUUAGUAUGGCAGGUUUGAAGAAGAUUCAUGCCCAGAUAAUCAAAUUUUCCUUAUCCCAGAGCAAUUUCCUGGUGACGAAGAUGGUGGAUGUGUGUGAUGACAAUGGAGACAUAGAUUAUGCAAACCUGCUGUUCAAAGAGAUGGUUGAGCCAAAUAUAUACCUCUACAAUGCCAUGAUCAGAACGUACACACAUAACCACGUAUAUAUAGUAGCAAUCACUUUCUACAAGGAAAUGCUAAGAUACCCACAAGCCGAAAAUCCCGUAUUCCCAGACAAAUUCACAUUCCCAUUUGUAGUAAAGUCAUGCUCUGCGCUUCUGCGUCAAGAUCUGGGUAAGCAAGUCCAUGGUCAUAUCUGCAAGUUUGGGCCAAAAUCGAAUAAUGUGACAGAGAAUGCACUUAUAGAUAUGUAUGCAAAAUUUGAUAAUUUAAAAGACGCACACAUAGUGUUUGAAGAUAUGACUGAUAGAGAUGCAAUUUCAUGGAAUAAUCUCAUUUCUGGGCAUGCUAGAUUGGGUCAGCUGCGUAGGGCAAAAUCAAUCUUUGAUGAGAUGCCCAAUAAGACAAUUGUUUCUUGGACAUCAAUGAUAUCUGGGUAUGCUAGAAUUGGGUGCUAUGCCGAUGCCUUAGGAGUUUUUCGGCAAAUGCAAAAGGUUGGUAUUAAACCAGAUGAGAUCAGUAUUGUUGCUGUCUUGCCUGCUUGUGCACACACCGGAGCUCUUGAACUAGGGAAAUGGAUUCACAUUUACGCAGAUAAAAAUAGAUUUUUGCAGAAGACCUACAUUUGCAAUGCACUCAUUGAAAUGUAUGCAAAAUGUGGAAGCAUAAAUCAAGCCUUCCAAGUCUUUGAUCAAAUGUCUCAGAGAGAUGUGAUUUCUUGGAGUACCAUGAUUGGAGGUUUGGCAAGUCAUGGAAAAGCUAGCGAAGCUGUUGAACUGUUUCGUGAAAUGCAAAAAGCAAAGGUUGAACCAAACGCUAUUACCUUUCUUGGCCUCUUAUCAGCCUGUGCCCAUGCUGGAUUUCUGAACGAGGGACUAAACUACUUCGAUUCCAUGAGCAAAGACUAUCAUAUAGAGCCAGAAGUUGAGCAUUAUGGCUGUCUGGUGGACCUUCUUGGGCGCUCCGGGUGCCUUGACCGGGCUUUUGACCUUGUGAAGAUGAUGCCAAUGAAACCAGAUGCAGCAAUUUGGGGUUCUUUAUUAAGUUCUUGCAGAGCUCAUUGCAAUCUCGAAUUUGCCAACACUGCCAUGGAGCACCUCCUAGAGCUUGAACCAGAUGACACUGGAAACUAUGUUUUGCUUUCAAAUAUUUAUGCUGAUCUUGGUAAGUGGGAAGGUGUGUCAAAGAUGAGGAAACUCAUAAGGAGCAAAAGCAUGAAGAAAAUGCCAGGAUGCAGUUCAAUUGAGGUGGAUAGCAAGGUCGAAGAAUUUUUAUCAUGGGAUGAUUCAAAACCAUUUUUACAAGAUAUCAAUUGGAUCCUAGAGCUACUAGCUUUGCAUCAGAGCAAAACUGUUGAUGCAAUUGAAACUUUUCCCGAGGAUAGGAGUCAGUUUCUGUCCUAAAAACAAGACCAACUCCUGGUGAUGAAUCUUGGCAAGACUCCAGCA